AUGGACGGCGCCACCGCAGGAUGGAAGGAAGGCUUGCAUGGACUUCGACAGUCGGUGUUUGGUUUCAAGAACGACCUAACGACAUCUUUGGCCAUGUGGGCUGAAGACUUCGACGUCCUUGGCAAGGUCUUAGUCCGGCUCAUCGAUAAUCAGGUGACUGGACAUAACGAGGCACUCCAGACCGCACAACGCGAAAGCCGCAGCAAAAAACUCCUCCAAUCCCAAGUGAAUCGAAUCUCAAGCGUGUGGGAAAAAGAACACCUUGAGCUCGUGACGCUACGACAGACGGUGGCCCUGCAAAACAAAACAAUGGCACAACUGCGGGAACGAAUCGCUAAAAAUGACAAGCGCAGUAAUGACGACGCCUCUCCCUCCGAAGAAACCCCACGAAAGAUCAAAGUUGUCGACGAGUUGGUCCAUCAGGAGCAGCUUAAUGUCCCACCCACAGCUCCACCAUCAGCACGACAACCUCGACGAUUCAGCAUCGGUAGUAGCGCAUUGACCCGUACGACAGAAGCGUAUGCAGCCAAGCGAAAGCACGUCCCUCCUGCACAGUUUCAAAGCAUUUUGAAGCGACCGAAGUACGACGAUGUCACGGACGAGAACAGCACCAAACAGGUUAAGGCUGCUCCGUCCGCGGUCGCCGCGUCAAUACCUCGGUCCAGGGAUCUCUCACCUGACGACACCCAAGUCGCACGAACGCUGUACGCCAACCGAGUUGUCGAUAACCCUGAUUUGGACCUGGAUGAUAUUGUUCUCGAGGUUCUCGAGAGCCGCCACGACCGACUCAUGAAGGCCGACGUCGAACGGUCGGACGCGCUUCGACGCUUCAUUCUUCCAGCAUCGUCGCCGCCGCUCCUCUUAAAGAUCAAAUCAACUGCGUCCCUUAGCCAGCCCAAGGUUCUCACGCCACUUCAGUUUGCGACAUUCUUUGGCGAGUACAAUGUCGCCCAAGUGUUGCUUCGUCAGCAUCCUUCGCAAGCGGAAGAAGCACUCAUCGACGCUUCUCGCGAAGGUUACGUGAAUAUCGUUCAGCUGAUCUUGACAUCUCCGUCGCUCGAACUCGAAUGGAGUCCCCAUGCGAUCGGGAGGGCAUUUGUGGUGGCCACGACACACUGCCACUUGGAUGUAAUGGCGUAUUGCCACGCAAGUCCGCUUGCGAACCUAGCCCUCCUCUGUAAAGGCGACUGGUGCACUCGCGAUCAAUUGGGCCUGCGGUAUAUCGCUGCUGCAGCUCACGCUGCAGUGGACCAAAACAGUGUCCAAGCUCUGGCAUGGCUGCUGCAGUCGAACGCCCUCUACAGAUUCGAACUCGAGCACGCGUUCGAGUUGGCCAUGCGCCGCGCAACCACCCACCGCACCAACGAGGGUGCCCUUGCUUACCUACCAUUGCUCUGCUCGUUUAUUCAUAGCCAUCCAUUCUUGGCAUCGAUCGUCACCCGAGGUUGUCGAGAUCCAGAUCGAGCGAUCGCUGUCCGGGUGAAAGCCAUCGCAACGUAUCUCAUCGCUGACCUCCACACCAACACGAGUCGCUGA